CCGUCAGAGAAUCUUGAAAUCUUGAAGAUCUUGAAUCUUGAAGACUCUGACGGCUCUGACAACUCUGACAGUUUGGGGGUUAGAAAUGUGUAUUUACUAGUUUCGUAAUGUAAGUGAUGUGGUGUAAUUUUAUGGCUCUGACCUGUCGCUCCAAAAUGGAUGUCUUUCACUGUUACGAGUUUUUGUUAAUGAAAAAGUUUCAGGAGGACUCAUUGUUGUGGAAUGAAUUGAAAUCUGAAACUUGGGUGAAUCUGAAAACACUUUUAGGUGCAUUUCACGACCGCAUAUUAAAGUCUAAAGUCGAUGGUAGUGAUGUCCUAGGAAAUGAUAUCGAUAUGUCUAGAUACAAGAAAAUUUCUGGUGAUCUGUGGUUUCUAGCUGUAACAUUGGAAAAGUCUCCCCAUCGUCUUUUGGCUUUCCUUAAUGCAGAACUACAGCAAGAAUCAGAAGACGCUGUACAAAUUCCUGGCCAAACUGUACUGGCCAGGUACCUGUCACAUUACAAUUUUGUAGAGAUGCAUUUAGACAGCAUUUUUAAGUAUGGAGAAACUCCCUUACUUCCAAAAGAAUUAUUUAGGUGUAGAAACGUGCGAGUGUUAUCCCUGAAGUAUAACAAUUUGGAGUGGAUCCCUCCUGAUGUGGGCCGUCUUGGUUGCUUGGAAAUAUUAUCUCUUACUAAUAACCGUCUACAAAACAAAUCAAUCCCACAUACUCUUACCUUCUGUCGUCACCUCAAAGAAUUGUAUUUGGAUAACAACUUGUUAGAUGCUCUUCCUGGCUUUUUGUUGGACAUGCCACAGUUGUGUACAGUGCAUCGGCAUGGAAAUCACAAUUACUUUAAAGCAACAUUCAUGUGGUAUCACACAGAUGUUAAUGACAGAGUUCUACAAGUAUUUAAAGAGGUUCAGAAGCCAGGCAAUGGUUAUAAUCCAGACAGCUUGUUAUUCCUAUCAGCUACAGCUCUAAUAUCUUCAAAUGUUAAUUUUUUUGAAUUGGGAUUGCUUCCAAACACACUGCAGGAAUACAUGGCUGAUAUUUAUCCAAAGUUCAGUGUUUGUGACAAUUGUCAUAAAGCAGUACCCUAUAGUUCAUCAGGAUACAGAGUGUUCACCUUUAAGAACCCAUACCUGGGUAACACAUGUGUGCCAUUCCAACACUGGGCGUGCUCACGAUCUUGUGCAGAAGCGAUCGAGAUUCCAGCUCAUCAAGAACAGACGCAGGCUGCAGAGAGAAUGGAUGAAGAAUAUGAUCAUUAUAUUCAGGAAAUUCAAAAUGAAGAACUGUCCUUGCCAAGCAGAGGCUUCUGUACACUUCUGUGAGAUUUGCUGUGUGAUCUCAAGAACAGCUGACAUUCUUAAAAAGAAAUAAGAAACGUGUGACAAGCACAUUUAUCAUAUUUCUUGCAUAUAAUAGUAGUUGCUAAGUUAUUACAGGAAAAUAAAAGUGAGAAGAUAAACUUCAAUUUAAAAUGAGAUCAUAACUGAAGUGAUUGUUAACCACAUGGAAAGUCGCGUGUAAAAUAAGGGAGCUAGAAUGAGGUACUUCCAGACUAUGAACCAGCAGGGCUGUACAUAGAACAUUUGAUUUUCCAUACACAGGAUGAAAUUCCUUGGAUAAAAGGAUGAUGCUAUGGAUGACUUACUUGUAUCAUGGUUGCUGCUCCUGUGUAUCCUUUUUUAGCUUACUUGCCAUAUUUUAAAGAAAAAUGAAAGUAGGCUUAUGAGGUCACCAUACUGUCUAUGUGUCUGUGAAUCCCCCAUGUCAACUUUUGAACACCUAGACAAGUCUUCAUGAAACUUGUUAUAUACUCAUACAUCAUGGUACCUGAAUCGAUCUGGAUGGUGUACUUCAUAAAUACCUCCCAUCAGUAUGUGUGUCCCCCUAUCAUUGCUAAGCAAUGACUUUGUGAAAACAUUACCAUGGCAAUGAAUACACACACAACAAUAGAAUUGGAUGCAUUAUUUUUGUAUGCAGUCCAUGUUGUAUCAAAGAAAAGUAGGCAAUUGGUUCUUCCAAUAACUUCUUAUUUUCUAAAUAUAUAUAAUUGGCUUUCUGUAAGAAAUAAGUAGAAACAUUGUUUCUUCCCUAGAGCUUACUGGUUGUUAUAAACAAACACCCACUGAAGUGUGCUGGUAGCCAAGUUCCAGGAUCAACAUAAGAGUGAAUCCCAUUGUCAAGGUUAAUAUUAGCUGCCAUCCCAGAUUUUCCAUGUUAAGCAACAUUUAUUACGUAGCCCUAGGUAGGAUGGGAGUAGCAUAGUCGGUAUAGCGACUGGCUACGGGCUGGAUGGCCAACGGGUUGGAGUUCAAGUCCUGGUGGGGGCAAGAAUUUUCCCUUCUCCAAGUUUACAUUAUAGCAGCAAAAAUUAUUCUUAGACCUAAUGAUCUUUCUAAGAAUAUCCACAGAUAUCCUGGUCCUUAGAAAUCUUAGUAGGAAGUUUCCAGAGUUGUUUUCACUACCUGAUUUUCCUUUGAUGUUUUUGUGAAUGUUUGAGAAGUGGCUGGCAUUGUAAAUGUUCAGUGACAUCUGCAUACUCAGCUUUUCAGUUAUGUCAUGUCAUUUUAUCUGUGGAAGUCCCCGUGAGAAAAAGAAGGUUUUUGACAAGUAAGAUCUGUGUUAAGAAAUUACUGUAUUUUGAAAAUAUAUGUCAUCUUCAGUGAUACUGUUGUUUAAUUUAUUCUUGGUACAUAUCAUAUUAGUGCUUUCUUGCUAUACACUAUUAUGAUAGCAGCAAAACUGCACUUACAUAUCACACUACUGCACUUGUUUAGUAUUUGAGUAUAUAAGGCAAUAAACUGAGGUCAUGUUUAUAGUGCCUACAGUGUCUUAAUAGGGCAUCUGUUGUACUACCCUCAGAAAUUGGUGACUACUGAAUGCAUGUACAUAAUUCAUCUGUUAUUUUACAAAUUUGUGCAAUGGAUUGCUGGUGAAACAUGCUCUUAGGAAAAUAUAUUUUGUAAAAACUAAGGAAAAAUAUUUUUAAAACUCUUUUAACGUAUUGUCCAAGAACUGUUUAGUAUACUUGGAUCUCAGAUACACAUUACUGUGAUUAAUCAUAUGUAUUUUGUCCACCUCUGUAAGGUGUAUGUGUGCAUGCAUAAUCCAUGGACUUUGUUCCGUAAUAUGUAUCAGGGUAAUGCUGAAUAUUUUGUUCAGGCCAGAAAAGAUAAAUAAACACACAAAAAAUGGUCACCCUCUUUUAACGUGAAAUUGUUAUACUCUUUAAGAUUUUCCAGCUAAUAUGAUUGCCACAUAUUCUCAGAGUUAUGCCACAUAUUUCAGGUCAGCAUCACAGUGAUAACUAUAAAUAAUUUGAAACUAAAACUGUU